CAGAGCAGAAAGAGCUGAUCUCGAAUGUUGUCUGGGAAGCUAAAAAGCCAACCCUCUGGCUUCACAUGCACAAUCCAUUCUCUCCACCUCGUCUCCUCUUUCGGAAAAAGCCAACCCACUCACUCUGCCUCUUCUCCUCUUUUGGAAAAAGCCAAUCCACUCUCUCUGCAUCUUCUCCUCUCUCGGAAAAAGUGAUAUGGAGAUGAAUUAUGAUCCAGAGAAGCAGUUAAAUUUGGCUUGUCCAGAAUCAGAGAGUGUUCAUACAAAGGGCAACAUUCCAGAGAGAGGCCAGUGGUCAAAUAAAGUUGAAUUUCUCCUGGCUGUCGCUGGGCAAAUUAUCGGUUUAGGAAAUGUGUGGAGGUUCCCAUACUUAUGCUACAAGAAUGGAGGAGGAGUAUUUUUCAUUCCAUAUUUCAUCUUCCUAUUUGUCUGUGGCAUUCCACUGUUCCUCAUGGAGAUAUCAUUGGGUCAGUACACCAGUCAGGGUGGCAUCACCUGCUGGAGGAAAAUCUGCCCCCUGUUUGAAGAACCAGUGCUCAGUGUACACAACCUUGACUGUAAGGAUUCAAUAGGAUUGGGCUAUGGAACUAUGGUGGUUAUGUUGUACUCCGGCAUCUCCUACAUCCUAAUUUUGGCCUGGGCAUUCUUCUAUCUUUUUUCUUCCUUUAGUGCUGAAUUACCGUGGGCUACCUGCAACAAUUUCUGGAAUACCGAAGCAUGCAUUGAAUUUGACAAACUGGGCAAUUUAAGCAACUUGAGUAUACCAGUGAAUGCAACUUCACCUGUUAAAGAGUUCUGGGAGAGGAGAGUGCUAAAUCUCACAGGCAGUGUGUAUGAGCUGGGCAAUGUUAGGUGGGAGUUGGCCCUGUGUCUCCUCUUAUCUUGGAUCAUCUGCUACUUCUGUGUGUGGAAGGGAGUGAAGUCUACAGGCAAGGUGGUUUAUUUCACUGCUACCCUUCCUUAUGUAAUGUUGGCAGUACUUUUAGUGCGUGGACUCUUGCUGCCUGGGGCUGUUGAUGGUAUCAUUUUUUACCUCUAUCCAGAUUCUACACGUCUCAUGGAUCCACAGGUGUGGCUGGAUGCUGGAACGCAGAUUUUUUACUCCUACGCUCUCUGCAUUGGGUGCCUUAUUGCAAUGGGAAGCUACAACAAGUACAAUAAUAACUGCUACAAGGACUCUGUUUGUCUGUGCCUGUUGAACAGUGGGACCAGUUUUGUAGCUGGUUUUGCCAUCUUCUCUGUGCUAGGCUUUAUGGCCAAUGAACAGGGGACAGACAUCUCAACAGUGGCAGAGUCAGGCCCAGGCUUGGCCUUCAUUGCAUACCCCAGAGCUGUUGCGAUGAUGCCUGUUCCACAACUAUGGGCCAUUUGUUUCUUUGUUAUGAUUAUUCUGCUAGGACUGGACAGUCAGUUUGUGGCUUUGGAGGCAUUGAUGACUGCUGCAGUUGACACAUACCCCUCGUUCUUCCUUUCUGGUCAUCGCCGCAAAUUCUGCCUGGCCAUCUUUUGUUGUGGGUGUUUCCUGAUUGGCCUGCUUAUGACAACAGGGGGUGGCUUGUAUAUUUUCCAGUUGUUUGACUACUAUUCCUGCAGUGGGAUGACAAUUCUCUUAUUUGCCAUUCUGCAAUCAGUGUGCAUAGGGUGGGUGUAUGGUGCUGAUCGUCUUUGUGAUAAUAUUGAGAGCAUGACUGGACAUAAGCCAGUGUUCUUAAUAAAGUAUUGUUGGAAGUACCUCACCCCUCUAUGCUGCACAGGUACAUUUAUCUUCUCUCUGAUCAAAUUCACUCCUCUGAAGUUUAACAAUGUUCUUGAAUACCCCUGGUGGGGCUAUGCUAUUGGUUGGUGGUUCACACUCUCUUCAACUCUGUUGGUUCCUCUUUGGAUGAUCUAUGCGCUGCUCAUGUCUAGUGGCUCAAUGAGACAGCUGCUUUAUCCUUCUACAGGGCCACAGGCAAGCUGGAGCCUAUCCCAGCUGACUACGGGCGAAAGGCGGGGUACACCCUGGACAAGUCGCCAGGUCAUCACAGGGCUGACACACAGACAACCAUUCACACUCACAUUCACACCUACGGUCAAUUUAGAGUCACCAGUUAACCUAACCUGCAUGUCUUUGGACUGUGGGGGAAACCGGAGCACCCGGAGGAGACCCAAGCGGACAUGGGGAGAAACCAUUUUUCAUUAUAUUUCAUAAUAAAGGAAAAGAAUAAUGUACCUUAUUUUAUUUCAUAUAUUAUGUACCUUAGUAUAGUAUAUUUUAAUUGCCUUUAGCUGAUAUCAAUUUUAUGUCAAUUGUCUGUCCGGCCCUCACAAAUUUUGUAAUUUUCUAGUUUGGCCCUCCUGCAAAUGUAUUUGAAUAGCCCUGGUAUACAGGGAAGAAAGGCGGAAGGUCACCUGAAGACGACGCCAACGAUUGAUCAAAUUUGCAGGAAAGUUGUGGUGAUUGGAUAUAAUUGCAACACCGCCCUGAAUUCGCGGGGAUUGGUUGAAUUUGCGUUGAAGUUGCAAAUCGCAACAUCGCGAAAUCCUGGAGGGUCUGACCUAUUCUUGGUGACUAACAUCUGGUGCAAUCCAAUAUUAUGGCAUAAUAUUUAGAAUCUUUGAUUUCUGCCACCACUGUGUCCAGCGUUUUAUCACUGACGCAGCUUAUCAGCUCAUUUUGGAUUCCACCCCCCCCCAACUUAGCAUGUUAGUAGCCUUAGCAUACUAACAUGCGAAGGCUAACAUACUAACACCUUGCAUGCUAACAUGUUAGCAAGCACAUUAAAGUAAACUUAAGAACAAUAUUGUAAACAGCAGAAGAACUUAGUGAUACACAAGCAGGUCUCCUCAGUGUCAUUUUAUAGAUUUUAACACAAACUUUCAAUUUUUGAUGUAAUCAUAAGGUGUGGAGAUGAAAACUCAACAAAAUAAAACAUUUAAAUCUCCCAUCAUGAAGCAAUGCCUGGAAUUCCCUUCCCUUCCACCAAAAAUGGCCCAAACCGGAAAUGAUGUAGAUUGGUGAACACCUGCCUGGAAGGCUCACUGACAGAACAUGUUUUCAUGAUAGGACAUGAACUGUGAGCUAUGAGCUGUGUCCAAAAUCACUCACUCAUUCACUACUUCCUACCUAGGGAAUUCUAGAAAAAGGACUAUAUAGUGAGCUCAUUGGUAAAAUGAAAAAACACUUUCGGACACUACUCCGUCAUACUGUUAUUUACGUCACUACUGUCUCACAGUUCAAACGUGCCAGAUCAGUCGGCUGGUGGGUUUUCAAAAUAAUAAAUACAUGCAUGUCUUUUUG